AUGGUCAAACGUGGUGUUCUCACAAUAAGCGGCGCUACCAUAUGUGGGGGUAUUUUGGUUAGUAGCGGUUUACCGGCAGGAUCUACGGCCUUCGCAGGUAGAAGCUUGUUCAUGGCCACAGAAACACGCAACGUUGCCGAUGUCACAAUGUCAGCAGCAUUUGCCACAACAUCAGGGGCAAUAGGCAUGUCUUUGGGGAAAAUCGGGACUGCGGCCUCAGGACUUGGUGGAGCACUGUUUGGGGGCGCGAUGACCAUACACUCUUCCCGCGAACAUGCCAAGUCAAAUACUGUGCAAUGUAUUAAUGUAGAAAUUAACGGCGACGUCGAUACGGUCGUCUACUACCUUGCUCUCUGCUUUAUGAAGUCCAACGGCGUGGCUCGUCCACGUGAAGCCGAAGAUGAACUCGAGGGGGUUGUACAGAACUUGUAUGGCCGUCGCCCGCAGAAAUCGAAGCAAGAGUACCGCGCGGUAUAUCUGUAUGAUCUGGUGGAGGAACUUACGGUGCAGUUCAGAAUCGUGACAGAUGUCCUACGGAGCUUUGCAUACAAGGAACUUGAGGCAUUAGAAUGGGAACCGAACAUGACGAUCACAGAGCCAGAGAGUAUUAUGAUGAUCUGA